UACCAUGAAGUGCAUUUUACUCAUUUCCCUGGCCUUUUUGGGCUUUGUGGCUGCUGAAAGGGGUCCCACCGUCACUGAUAAGGUGUACUUUGAUAUGACUAUCGAUGGACAACCGGCCGGACGCAUUGUAAUUGGGCUUUUUGGAGGCACUGUGCCAAAAACAGUGCGAAAUUUCAAGGAAUUGGCCGAGAAGCCCGAAGGCGAAGGAUACAAGGGCAGUAAAUUCCACCGUGUGAUCCGUGAUUUUAUGAUCCAGGGAGGUGACUUUACGCGGGGCGAUGGAACUGGAGGUCGUUCAAUUUACGGUGAACGUUUUGAGGAUGAGAACUUCAAGCUGAAGCACUAUGGUGCUGGAUGGUUGAGUAUGGCUAAUGCUGGAAAGGAUACCAAUGGUUCUCAAUUCUUUAUCACGGUGAAGAAAACUCCCUGGCUCGAUGGCCGUCAUGUUGUAUUUGGUAAGGUUAUUGAGGGGAUGGAUGUGGUGAGGAAGAUUGAGGAUACCAAGACUGAUGGACGCGACAAGCCUGUCAAGGAUGUCGUAAUUGCCGAUUGUGGAUCAAUUCCUGUUGAGGAACAAUUUGCUGUUGAAAAGGAUGAUGCAUAAACUUUAGGUUUUCUUUCAAAAAAAGCAAUCAUCCAUCUUUUAGAAAUUUAGAAAAGAAAUUGCAACAAAGAACGAGAUUUACUUUUGUCUGCUGAGGAUUUUCACCAGGUUCUACUUCAUUUUUAUCACUAAAUAGUUCCGAAUUAUUUUUUGUAAAAUCGAUGAUUAAAGUGAAAAUAAAGUAUUUUCUAUUUCUAUAA